AAAUUUCUUCUGGGCGGCCACUUCCUGUCACUAUUUACAUCCAGUUCUGUCUCAAAUAGCUGCCAAUUUGAGCCCCUUGUCGGAUUGUCGUCAGCAGCGUGUCGGCGCUCUUUGGCGUCAACAUUAACCACAUCUGCUCCAUCUCGUCUUCAAUCAGCUUCCGCUCUUCUCUGGUCCGCUCGCUUUCCUCCAGCUCUAACAUCUCCUUGUCUACACCCUCCAUCUGGACCUGGAGCUUUUGAAGAGACCGAUGACAAGAUGCGGGCCUUCGCCGAGCAGAUCUUUGCAUCGGAGACCAAAGGCGAGGAGAUCCGAGAUGAGAUCUCCGUCUUCGACGUGCCCGAGGACUGUCCCAUCCUCCACCAGGAAAUGGCGCACCACUUGCAUGCUGACGACGAUCCUGAGAAGCGCAAGAGGCGCUUUCGUACCGGUGCCCAGAAGACCGCUGCGCCGGCCGGGUCAGUGGAGGUGGACACGCCCGCCUACCUGGAAGUACCGGACUUCCAAAGAGUGGCCAUCAUUGGGGACUACGCUUCUGGGGUUACCAUGGACGACUUUGAGCUGUCUUGCAAAGGUCUGUACCGCGCGUUGUCCAUCAGAGAGAAGUACAUGAGGCUGGCCUACCAGCGUUUCCCGCGGACGGCUUCGCAGUACCUGCGCGAGAUGGAGGGCGAGACCUUCGAGGUGGAGGACCAGGUGCAGCCCGUCUUCACCCCCCCCCCGAAGAACGACGAAGACCCAUUCGAUAACGCGGAUCUGCCGGAGAAUCUGGGCUACGUUGCUCGAAUGAGGGAAGGUCUCAUCUACGUGUAUAAUGACGCCGAAGCCGCGGACAAACAUCAGCCCAGGGACGUGCCGUGCGCCAACUACGCCACCUUCAUUGACGACAUGAACUUCCUCAUCGCUCUCAUUGCGCAGGGGCCCAUCAAGACCUACACUCACCGUCGUCUGAAGUUCCUCAUGUCCAAGUUCAACGUGCACGAGAUGCUCAAUGAGAUGGAGGAGAUGAAGGAGCUGAAGAAGAACCCCCACAGGGAUUUCUACAACUGCAGGAAGGUGGACACCCACAUCCACGCCGCCGCCUGCAUGAACCAGAAACACCUCCUGCGCUUCAUCAAGAAGUCGUACCGCGUGGACGCCGACCGUGUCGUGCACAGCCUGAAAGGCAAAGAGGUCACCAUGAAGGAGCUCUUCGAGUCCCUCAACCUGCAUCCGUACGACCUCACUGUGGACUCGCUGGAUGUGCAUGCAGGCAGGCAAACCUUCCAGCGUUUCGACAAGUUCAAUGCCAAGUACAACCCCGUGGGAGCCAGCGAGCUGCGUGAUCUCUACCUGAAGACGGAAAAUCACAUCAACGGCGACUACUUCGCCACCAUCAUCAAGGAAGUAGCCAGCGACCUGGAGGACGCAAAGUACCAGUAUGCCGAGCCGCGUUUAUCCAUCUACGGCUGCGCGGCCAACGAGUGGACCAAACUGUCCAACUGGUUCGUCAAGCACAGGGUCUACUCCCCUCACCUCAAGUGGAUGAUUCAAAUUCCCAGGAUCUACGACAUCUUCAGAGGCAGGGACUUUGUGCCCCACUUUGGCCAGAUGUUAGAGAACAUUUUCCUGCCAGUGUUCCACGCCACCAUUGACCCAAAGUCCAACCCCGAACUCAGCGUAUUCCUCAAGCAUGUGACGGGUUUCGACAGUGUGGAUGACGAGUCCAAGCACAGCGGUCACAUGUUCUCCACGAAGAGCCCCAAACCGGAGGAGUGGGACAUGGCUAAGAAUCCUUCCUACACCUACUACAUCUACUACAUGUACGCCAACAUCGCUGUGCUCAACCAACUGCGGAGACGACGGGGGAUGAACACGUUCAUGUUCAGGCCUCAUUGCGGUGAAGCGGGCGCCAUCACCCAUCUGUUGGCUGCCUUCAUGACGGCCGACAACAUCUCGCACGGCCUCAACCUCAAAAAGAGUCCGGUGCUGCAGUACCUGUACUACCUGACCCAGAUCCCCAUUGCCAUGUCCCCUCUGAGCAACAACAGUCUGUUCCUGGAGUACGCCAAGAACCCUCUGCUGGAGUUCCAAAAGAAAGGCCUGGUGGUCUCUCUCUCCACCGACGACCCCAUGCAGUUCCACUACACCAAGGAGCCUCUGAUGGAGGAGUACGCCAUUGCAGCGCAGGUGUUCAAGUUGAGCACCUGCGAUAUGUGCGAGAUCUCCAGGAACAGUGUGCUGCAGAGCGCAAUGUCGGACGAGGAGAAGAGUCACUUCUUGGGUCAGAACUACCUGAAGGAGGGUCCGGAGGGCAACGACAUCCGUAAGACCAACGUGGCCCAGAUCCGUAUGGCGUACCGCUAUGAGACCAUCUGCUAUGAGCUGAACCUCAUCAAGGAGGGUCUGAAGGCCGAAUGAAACAAUCUCACAAAUGCUGCGCGUGAAAACCAAAGGCUAUUAGUUUUCACUCAAAGCGCUGACGAUGUUUCAUCUGGCGACUGUUGAUGAUUGACAGCACUGUAAUGUACUGUGUGUGCAUUGUUGGUUUCAUCACAGAUAAAAGCACAUUAAAAGGAG